UCUGGUGUUCAAGGCCUGCCUCCCCGCCCCUCUUACACCGUCCGCCUAAGGCCUGGGCCCGAGUGGGCCCGAGCGGCCAGGUUGCAGUUUGGCGCUCAGGCUUCUGGAGUCUCAGCUCUAUCACCGCAACUGUGUCUGAACCUGCUGCUUCGUGUCCCAAGUGGGAAUAGGAUUGAAAGAGACGAUGCGUAGAAAGCGCUUGGCACAAUGGAGGCCGUCAACAAAUGGGAGUUGUUGCUUUGACUAUUGUAAUCUGUUCAUUCCACAAACUUUCCUGGAUCUGGUGACUAAGCGGAGCGGGGGCCCUCACCCAGAAGCCCUGGUCCCCAACUCUAGAAGACAGCGGAACUGAGAAAAGAAGAGGCCUGUGGACAGAAAAGUCAUGUCGGAUUCCCUGGUGGUGUGCGAGGUGGACCCUGAACUAAAGGAAAAGCUGAGAAAAUUUCGCUUCAGAAAAGAGACAGACAAUGCAGCCAUAAUCAUGAAGGUGGACAAGGACCGGCAGAUGGUCGUGCUCGAGGAAGAAUUUCAGAACAUUUCUCCAGAGGAAUUAAAAACAGAGUUGCCAGAGAGACAGCCCAGGUUUGUGGUUUACAGCUACAAGUACGUGCACGAGGACGGCCGAGUGUCCUACCCGUUGUGCUUCAUCUUCUCCAGUCCUGUGGGCUGCAAGCCUGAACAGCAGAUGAUGUACGCAGGGAGUAAAAACAGACUGGUGCAGACAGCAGAGCUCACAAAGGUAUUUGAAAUCCGCACCACUGAUGACCUCACCGAGGCCUGGCUCCAAGAGAAGUUGUCUUUCUUUCGUUAACCUCUGAGCUGCGGAACUGGAUUCCUGAUGUCGGAGUCUCUGAAGAAACUGGGGACUGGGACCCCCUAGGACCUGAACGUCUGAGACCCUAAGGAAAUUAAAAUGCAGGAAUUCAAGAGA